AUGGGAUCAAGAAAAACAAAUGCUAGAGGAAGACAGGUACAAGAGGUGAUCAACGAAGGUUAUAUUAACUGUAUAGACGAUGAUAACACGACAUUUGAAAAGAAUGAUUACGAAGAAAAGAUUGACUGGAUAUUAGCCAGUCAACCACUUCAUUCAUUAAUAUCAAACGUCGAAACACAUCCAACAAUUGGUACAUUAAGUGGCCAUAAACCAUUAACCUUCGAUAUCCCAAUUGGAACUGAACCAAAACCAGCAUCACCAAGAUUAUCCCUCAACUUCAAAGCAGCAAAUUGGCCAAAAUUUAGAAAUAAAUUAAAUGAACAACUAAUGCUAUGGAACAAAAAUCGUAGUAUAAAUUCAGAAUCAGAUGUAGAAGAAUAUACGUCGUUUAUUACCAACAGCAUUACUGCAGCAACACAAGAAGCCAUACCAACAUCGAAACAUCUGAAUACAAACAUUAAACUAAGUGAAGCAACCAAGCAUCUGAUCCAGCUCAAACAUGACACUUAUCGUAAAUGA